GCGCCCAUGCCUCCGGCCCCGCGCCGCGGCUGCCCUGACCUGGCCGCGACCUCCCUCCGCGCGCCCCGCCGCCCCGGCCCCUGGGGUGUUCCCCAACCACGGCCCAGCCCCGCCACACCCCCCGCCCCCGGCCUCCGCAGCUCGGCAUGGGCGCGGGGGCGCUCGCCCUGGGCGCCUCCGAGCCGGGCAACCUGUCCUCGUCGGCCGCGCCGCUCCCCGACGGCGCGGCCACCGCGGCGCGCCUGCUGGUGCCCGCGUCGCCGACCGCCUCGCCCCUGACCCCGGCCAGCGAGGGCGCCGCGCCUCUCUCGCAGCAGUGGACGGCCGGCAUGGGCCUGCUGAUGGCGCUCAUCGUGCUGCUCAUCGUGGCGGGCAACGUGCUGGUGAUCGUGGCCAUCGCCAAGACGCCGCGGCUGCAGACCCUCACCAACCUCUUCAUCAUGUCCCUGGCCAGCGCCGACCUGGUCAUGGGGCUGCUGGUGGUGCCGUUCGGCGCCACCAUCGUGGUGUGGGGCCGCUGGGAGUACGGCUCCUUCUUCUGCGAGCUCUGGACCUCGCUGGACGUGCUGUGCGUGACGGCCAGCAUCGAGACGCUGUGUGUCAUCGCCCUGGACCGCUACCUCGCCAUCACGUCGCCCUUCCGCUACCAGAGCCUGCUGACCCGCGCGCGGGCGCGGGUCCUCGUGUGCACCGUGUGGGCCAUCUCGGCCCUGGUGUCCUUCCUGCCCAUCCUCAUGCACUGGUGGCGGGACGAGGGCCAGGACGCGAGACGCUGCUACGACGACCCCAAGUGCUGCGACUUCGUCACCAACCGGGCCUACGCCAUCGCCUCGUCCGUCGUCUCCUUCUACGUGCCCCUCUGCAUCAUGGCCUUCGUGUACCUGCGGGUCUUCCGCGAGGCGCAGAAGCAGGUGAAGAAGAUCGACAGCUGCGAGCGCCGCUUCCUCGGCGGCCCCGCGCGCCCGCCCUCGCCCGCGCCCUCGCCGGGCUCCCCGCGCCCCGCCGCGCCCCUCGCCAACGGGCGCACCAGCAAGCGGCGGCCGUCGCGCCUCGUGGCCCUGCGCGAGCAGAAGGCGCUCAAGACGCUGGGCAUCAUCAUGGGCGUGUUCACGCUCUGCUGGCUGCCCUUCUUCCUGGCCAACGUGGUCAAGGCCUUCCACCGCGACCUGGUGCCCGACCGCCUCUUCGUCUUCUUCAACUGGCUGGGCUACGCCAACUCGGCCUUCAACCCCAUCAUCUACUGCCGCAGCCCCGAUUUCCGCAAGGCCUUCCAGCGCCUGCUGUGCUGCGUGCGCCGGGCCGCGCGCCGCAGCCGCGGGGCCUCGGGCGAGCGCUCGCGCGCCUCGGGCUGCCUGACCGUGGCCGGGCCGCCGCCGUCGCCCGGGGGCGCCUCGGACGACGACGACGACGACGACGAUGUCGUCGGGGCCGCGCCCCCCGCGCGCCUGCUGGAGCCCUGGGCCGGCUGCAACGGCGGCGCGGCGGCGGACAGCGACUCGAGCCUGGACGAGCCGGGCCGGCACGGCGGCGCCUCGGAAUCCAAGGUCUAGCGCGCCGCGCCCGGGUCCCCGCAGCCCCGGCCCGGGCAAACGCGGCGUCUGCCUGCACCCGUCCCACCCCCCUCCCCCGGAGGAAACCAGCCCAGGC